AUGACAUUGUUAAGUAAAAGUAAAUUAAAAGAUGAAAAGAAUAAUUAAUUCUUAAGUAUAAGAUAAACACUAAAUUAUAGAGCGAAUGAAUUAAAGUAAUAAGAAAAAUUAAGUCGGUUUAAUCCAAAACCAGAUACACUAACCAAGAAGAUAUAUUGGAAGAAUAUUAAAUAAAAAAUUAAGAGAUUCUUUAAAUUAAGGCAGUAAUCUAGCCAAUUACAAAAAAUUCAGUUAGAGAUUAUUCUAUAGAAAAAAGUUAGAUUGGAAUAUAAUGUUAAAGAAGUAUUGUUUUGGCAAAAUUAAACAUCGAAAUUUGGAAAUUUUGAAUAAUUCAGACAAAAAAUUAAAUGACAAAUUCUACUAAAAUAAUUUACUACUAUAUAGAAACACAUAAAAUCCCAAGUAUUUCAACUAUGACUUAAAUUUAGAAUUACUACUAGAUUUCUCUAAAGUCAAUAUCAACUAAAUUUGAGACUGAAUAGGCAGCCAAUGCAAAUUCUUUGUAUUCCAAACUAUCAAAAACCUAUUUAAAAUUUAAUUGUUUAAGAUGAAUAGAUAUCGAUUAUUCAAAACACUUUGAAAGUGUCCGUUCAAAGUCUAAAACAUAUUUAGGUUAAUAAUAAUCUCUGGAUAAUCUGAUAAAACUCGAGUACCCAUAAUAUUAAGUUAAU